GCUGAGAUGCUGCUCUUUCACGCGGCUCGUCAUGGCGCUCAGCUGGUGGUGUUUCCUGAAGCAUUUAUUGGUGGUUAUCCACGUGGAUCAACUUUUGGUAUCUCAAUUGGGAAUCAAACAAACAAGGGGAAGGAAGAUUUUCGAAAAUAUAAUGCUUCUGCGAUUGAUGUGCCAGGUCCUGAGGUUGAUCGUCUGGCAGCAGCUGCUGGAAAAUACAAGGUGUAUGUGGUGAUAGGUGUUAUUGAGAGAGAUGGACAUACACUAUAUAGCACAGUUCUUUUCUUCAACUCUCAAGGUUGCUACCUUGGGAAGCAUCGGAAGAUAAUGCCAACGGGAUUGGAGCGAGUUAUCUGGGGUUCUGGGGAUGGAUCAACAAUUCCAGUUUAUGACACUCCACUUGGAAAAAUAGGUGCUGCAAUAUGUUGGGAGAACAGAAUGCCACUUCUAAGGACCGCGAUGUUUGCUAAAGGCAUUGAAAUAUAUUGUGCACCGACAGCUGAUGAUAGGAAUGUGUGGCUGGCAUCUAUGACGCACAUUGCAUUGGAGGGUGGUUGCUUUGUUUUAUCGGCCCAUCAGUGUUGUCGGAGGAAAGAUUAUCCACCUGCAUCAGAAUAUGUUUUUUCCGGCACAGAAGAAGAUCUUACACCGGAUUCCAUUGUUUGUGAUGGUGGUAGUGUAAUUAUAUCGCCAUCAGGGGAUGUGCUGGCCGGACCACUCAAUGGAAUGGAGGGAUUUGUCUUUGCUAAUCUAGAUCUUGGAGAAAUAACUCGAGCCAAGUUUGAUUUUGAUGUGGUUGGGCGCGAUGCAAGACCUGAAGUUCUUAGCUUGAUCGUGAGGGAUCAGCCGAUUCUUGAUGAUAAUAAGAAGGAUUUGAUCCCGGUUUGGUUGAUGGAACAUAUUAGAUCUGAUUUUGUUUCAAGAUGAAUGUUAUAUUAGUGUUAUCAUCAUGUAAAUCUGUUAAAAAUUAGUUAAAUUAUCGUUUUGUUCUUUAUAUAUGUGAUUGGAAUUGCAUUCUGUUAAGAUUACUUAGUUUAAGGAAAAGAUAAAGACCCCACUUUUAACCAUGUUUGUUUAGUUUGGGCUCUUUUCCGUGAGUUACUUUCAUGGUUCAUGUAUAAUUAUCUAAGAAAGACUUCUAGCUUCAAAUGUU